CAUACCCCGGCUUCCCCCUCCCUCACGGGCUCGGGCGCCACCAGCAGGGAGUGCAAGUCACCUGCUCCCUAAUACAGGCGGGCCCUUCACAGGAAACAGCGGCUUAAAGGCUGCUUCCCGGGCGUCCCAGCCACCGUUCCACCGAACCUGCCGGCCCAGCGCCGCCGGCUCGCCGGGUCGGGACUGCUCCGCCCCCGCCAACGGGAGCCAAUGGGAGGCCGAGGCCCCGCCCCUGAGCGCUCCCCUCCCGGGAGUAUUUAGGAGCCGAGCGCCCAGGAAAGCGCUCGGAAGCUGGGAACCCGAGAAGGCAGCCGAGUGGAGCGCAGCCCCAGGCAACCUGCGAGCGGGAGCUGCCGGCUGUGCGGGGUGCAGUUCGCAUCCUGCCUCGGGGGCCACCGGCCGGAACAGAAGGGGGGAGUCCCAGAGCCGCGCCCCGCAGAGCGGCGGACCCACCCCAGGUCGUCCCGCCAUGACCCGGCCGGUGCUGCUGGGCGCCCUGCUGUGCGCGCUGCGCGUCGGCUCAGGCACCCUGGACUCCGAGGGCUCCUGGCCCCUGGCGCCCCUUCACUGCCCCAACAAAUGCAUCUGCGCCGCCGACCUGCUGAGCUGCGCGGGCCUCGGGCUGCAGGACGCGCCGGCGGAGCUCCCCGCGGCUGCGGCUGACAUCGACCUGAGCCACAACGCGCUCCAGCGCCUGCGCCCCGGCUGGCUCACGCCCCUCGCCCAGCUGCGCGCCCUGAGCCUGGGGCACAACCAGCUGGAGGCCCUGGGGCGCGGCGCCUUCGCCAACGCCAGCGGCCUGCGGCAGCUCGACCUGUCCUCCAACUCGCUGCGGGCGCUCGGCCGCCACGACCUCCGCGGGCUGGGCGCGCUCGAGACGCUGCUGCUGUUCAACAACCGCCUGGCGCACCUGGACCGGCUGGCCUUCCAGGGCCUGGGCGCGCUCCGCUGGCUCUACCUGGGCUGCAACGAGCUGGCGGCCUUCUCCUUCGACAGCCUGCACGGCCUCAGCGUGACCCGCCUCCGCACCCUGGACCUCUCCUCCAACCGCCUGGGGCGGGUCCCCGUGCCGGCCCUGGCCGCGCUGCCCGCCUUCCUCAAGAACGGCCUUUACCUGCACAACAACCCGCUGCCCUGCGACUGCCGCCUCUACCACCUGCUGCAGCGCUGGCACCAGCGGGGACUCAGCGCCGUGAGCGACUUCGCGCGCGAGUACACGUGCCUGGCGUUCCGGGUGCCCACCUCCCGCGUGCGCUUCUUCGCGCACAGCCGCGUUUUCGAGAACUGCUCGGAGGCCCUGGCUCGGGGCCUGGAGCCGCCCGAAGAGCAGCUGCAGGUGCAGGUGGGCGGGUCCCUGACGCUGCACUGCAACACCAGCGCCGGCGCCCGGCACAUCGCCUGGGUCUCCCCGCAGCGAGAGCUGCUGGUGGCGCCGGGAUCCCCCGACGGCAGCAUCGCGGUGCUGGCCGACGGCAGCUUGGCCAUCGGGAGCGUGCAGACGCGGCACGAGGGCAUCUUUGUGUGCCUGGCCGCCGGGCCCCGCCUGCAGCACAACCAGACGCACGAGUUCAACGUGAGCGUGCACUACCCGCAGCCGGCGCCCGAGGCUUUCAACACGGGCUACACCACGCUGCUGGGCUGCGUGGUGGGCCUGGUGCUGGUGCUGCUCUACCUGUUCGCCCCGCCCUGCCCCGGCUGCCGCCGCUGCUACCGGCGCACCUGCUGUUGCCGCCGCCGGCCCCGCGCCCCCAGCCCGCUCCAGCAGCUGAGCGCGCAGUCCUCGGUGCUCAGCGCCACGCCGCCCGACGCCCCCAGCCGCAAGGCCAGCGUCCACAAGCACGUGGUGUUCCUGGAGCCGGGCAGGCGGGGCCUCAACGGCCGCGUGCAGCUGGCGGUGGCCGAGGACUUCGACCUCUACCGCCCGGUGGGUCCGCGGUUCAAGGUCGGCUCUGAGUCCACGAGCUCCACGGGCUCCGAGGGGCCGGUGGCGACCUAGCCGCCCGCCCCCGCCCCCCGCCCCUGCUGCGCAGAGAGCUCCCGGCGCUGGUGGGAGGCCCCAGGUCCUCCCUAGCACAGCGGCCCCCUCACUGGUGGUCUCGGCACGGGGCCUGAGGCCCCCUGGAGCAGGGGCCGCUGAGGGGAGACCUGCCCGUCCCCAGGUGGAAGAGGGAGCACCCUCCUCCGGUAACACAGGGCCCCGCGCACCAACAUCCAACCUCCUUCCGGCGUCACAGGUCCAGGCCGAGUCUGGGGCAGGCACGAGGCAGGGAAGUCUCCUCAAGAGACCCCUGGGCCUGGCCCGGCCCCCCGAGGGGCCCUGCUCCUGUGGCCAGGGCAUCACAGGCCGCAGAGGGCAGAGCCUCUCCCCCGGGCUCAGCAGCAGGGAGGGCACCGAGGCCGCCGCCCCGCUUUCAGCAGCGAAAGCCGAGCAGAGGGCGGGGCGCACUCGCUGUCCCUGGAGGUCUGAGCUUCGUAAGGGCCAGCGCUUGCUUGUCUAAUGGCUGAGGCGGCCGGCUUCAUGUGACCCUCGCCCUCCCCCUGCAGGGAGGCAGGGCGGGCUGGGGCCCCUGUGGGGAGCGGAGCUGGGGCCCCUCGAGGGCCUGAAUCGGAUUGUCACGGAGUUUCUUAAUAAAGGCAGGACCCACGCGGAG